AUGGUAGCUAACGCCCCUCCCCUCACGCCCGACCCAUUCGUCGAGGAUCCUCCACAGUAUCUGUCAGGUCCCGAGACUGCGUCGAGAGGGUCGUCAGGAAAGACUGCAGGCGGUGCAACACCUGCGAGAUCAGGCAGCAGCUCCUCAAGCAGCGCUGCCACCGGCAGACCUGCCAAACUCUCCAUCUGCGAGUCGAACUCGGAAACAGCGCAACCUUGCGAGAACAGAGCGUUACCGGAAGCAGGGCAGCUUGUACACAAUCCGGCAGAUGGCAUAGGUGGAAUGGGUGUAGGAACUGCGGCGACGGGCGAUCUGGGCGCCUCGUCCAAGUUCGAAUCGCUGCAAGAUUUGAGAGCUCAGGUGUCGGAUCUUCAAAACGACUACAAUGCUCGUCAUCCUGAUGCCAAACUGAGCGGAAGGGUUAUUCACGUCAGCCACUACAUCCCCUUCGUCAUUCGCGCCUUGGCAGAAGUGGAGCAUGAGCGUCAGAGGGAGGAGAAAGUCAGCGCUACUGCUACGGUCGCAGCUAUGGCAGCAAAGGCGAGAGCGAGAAGAGCAGCCAUGAAUGCGGCCAAGGAUGCGGAAGAGCGGCGAUUGGCCAACAAGCCGCGUCAGGGAAGCUUCAUAGAUGGCAUGAGCGACACUACAGAUCUGGAGCGGAGACUGGCAGAGAAUCAGGCCAGAAGCCGGGCCAAGGCUGGUAGAAAGGCUUGGAUGAUGACGCCGGUAGUCGAUGACGAGGAGGAAGAGGACGAGAAGGACACGUUUACGCCCGCAGGGUCCAGGCGCGGAUCGACUUGGAGCGUGGCUAGCGCUCGUCAUUUGAGCUUCAGCACCUUUGCCAAUGCGGACGACGACAACAAGUACAGCGCAGUGUCGGAUGCCAAUUCGCCAGCUCGCACUCCUUCUCGGCGCGUGGCUACUGUGGGCACACCACCUCCGCCGCCCGAGCCUGUGAAACCUCCUCAAUGGGUCCUGGCCCCGCGCAGAGGACAUACGGCCCUCAAUAGCGGGAUCAGGAGCCUGUGCGCCACCCACAGGCAGACAUUCGUCGGUUGGCCAGGCGACAUUUCCUUUGCGGCGCAGGCACGCAAUGAUGAGCGCAAAGAAGCUAGUCAGACGACAGCCGAAGAGCGCAAAGAGAUUGAAGCCAUCUUGGCUGGGCUGGAUAGCGCUGACAACUGGGCUGCGAGGGAUGCGCUCUUGCUCGAUCCCAAAGGCGCACCGAGCGAGGCUGUGGGCAAGGUGCCUACUCCACGCAUGAAUGGAGCAGAGCCUAUCGGUCCGGAUGGACCGGCGCGUCAAAAUGCUACGUCUGCUGUUCAAGAGCAUGGGAUAAAGUACGUGCCCGUGUGGCUGGAGCACAAUGUUGCGCAUGGACACUACGAAGGCUAUUGCAAGACCACGCUGUGGCCCUUGCUACAUUAUCUGCUCUGGCAAGACGUUCCGGCAGAUCGCCGAAUGACGUACGAUGAGCAUGCGUGGGAUGCUUACGUAGCAGCCAACGAGGCGUUCGCCAAGCGCAUAGCCGAAGAAUACAAGGCGGGAGACAUGGUCUGGAUACACGACUACCAUUUGCUCCUCGUGCCUCAGAUGCUUCGACGAAUGGUCCCCGACGCUCACAUCGGACUGUUCGUCCAUGCACCCUUUCCCUCGAGCGAGAUCUUCCGCUGCUUGCCGCAGCGACGCGAAAUCAUUGAGGGCAUGCUGGGAGCUGAUUUGGCCUGCUUCCAGGCUUUUUCCUACUCCCGUCACUUUUUGUCCUCCUGCAUCAGAGUCUGCGGCUUUGAAGCAUCCAACAACACCGUCGAAUCCAGCAACGGCCACAUCACCAACAUCAGCUACAACCCGAUCGGGAUCGAUGCAGAAAAGAUAGACAGGGACAGUCGCGCGCCCGGAGUCGCUCCCAAGGUUGCGGCCAUUCGAGAGAUGUACAAGGGGAAAAAGCUGAUCAUCGGGAGAGAUAAGCUUGACGUCGUUCGCGGGGUGAUCCAAAAGCUGCAAGCGUUUUACAAGCUCCUCGAAGAAUUUCCCGAAUGGAGAGGUCAAGUCGUGCUCAUUCAGGUCACGGCGCCUGCGCUCAAUGACUCGCCCCUGCUCGAACGACAAGUGUCGGAGCUCGUCAGUCAGAUCAAUGGAGACUUUGGCAGUCUCAACUUUACCCCUGUUCAUCAUUAUCACCAGAUCAUCGAGCGAGAAGAGUACUUUGCUCUGCUUAGCGUAGCCGACUUGCUGCUGGUCACGACUGUCAGAGACGGAAUGUCGACGACGCCGAUGGAAUUCAUCGUUUGUCAGGAGAGGUCUGGUAAAGCGCCUCUGAUCGCUUCCGAGUUCAGCGGAUCUGUUGGACGCCUUCGUUCUGCGAUCCAGAUCAACCCGUGGGCCACCGCGCAUGCCUGCAAGGCAAUCGACUACGCUCUACGGCUUAGCGACGAAGAACGUAUCGCUCGCCAUGACCAGCUAUACCACCAAGUCGUUUCCCACACCAGCCACACCUGGGCGGCAUCAUUGCUCAAGUUGCUCUUGCUGCGCUUGCUUUCGGAGCAUGCUGCGCAUUUCACCCCACCGCUGAACCGCACCUUGAUGGUGGAAAAGUUUCACAAGGCUCAAAAGCGCCUAAUACUGUUGGAUUACGAUGGCACCUUGACGCCCAUCGUCAAGAAUCCGGCAGAUGCUGUGCCUUCCAAGCGGCUGUUGGAGGCGCUGCAAAAGCUUUCGGAGGAUGAGAGGAACGUCAUCUACAUUAUCAGCGGUCGAGAUGCCGACUUUUUGGACAAGCAUCUGGGCCACCUCAAGAACCUUGGCUUUAGCGCGGAGCACGGAGGGUACGUGCGCAAGCCUGGCGAGGGCAAGUGGGAGAAUCUGACAGAGGUGCUGGACAUGUCGUGGAUGCAAGAUGUUAAAAAGGUGUUUUCCUACUUUACCGAGCGCGUACCGGGCAGCGAAAUCGAAGCCAAGAAGAGCUCGAUGACUUGGCAUUAUCGACAGGCGGAUCCCGACUACGGCGCAUUCCAGGCUCGAGAAGCGCAAGCUCACCUGAACGACCUGGUCCAGAAAGAUCCGAGCAUAGGUGUAGAGGUUUUGGUUGGAAAGAAGAAUCUGGAAUGCCGACCUCUUGCCGUCAACAAGGGAGAGAUUUGCAAACGGAUAUUGUACGAGUAUGCAAGCUCGGCUGAGUUCGUCUUUUGUGCUGGCGAUGACAAGACUGAUGAGGACAUGUUCCGCGUUCUGUGUUCGCUGGGCUCGCUCGCUAGCAGUGGCAGUAUGGACAGCCCUUCGCUCGGCGCUUGCGGCAAUUCAUCCUCUCUGCGGCACGCGACGAGAGGCGAGAGCGCGGGCCACGUGCCUCAGACGCCGGCAGAUGAGGAAGCAGCAGCGAUGUGCCUUGCGCCGACGCAAACUCUCGUCAUCUCUCCACCCGCACCUCUGAAUCCCAAGCAGCAAAUGGGAAGUCCGAGACCCAUGGCGCUCCACUCGGACGGCAUCUGGACAACCGCUGUGGGGCCUUCGAGCAAGAAGACCCUGGCUCAUUAUCACGUGGACACGGUCGACAAGAUCAUCUUUGCCCUGUCCGAGCUGGCUGGGCUUCAAGACCCUGCUGACGAUCCACCUUCUGAGGAUAAACGGGAUGAAGAUAUCGGCAAUGAUGAUGUCUAG